UGAGCAGCUUACGACACUCAGUGAACACUAGGUGCCUCUGCAUGCUCUAGCAACAUACUGCUCAGCUGAAGGGAAGGGAUUCUUGCUGUCUCUCUCUGCUCUAAGCAUCACCUAACAAGCAAAGCGAACAAAGAAUGGGAAAUAAAGCUACCCUUAGCCGGUCAGUGAAUGAAUGGUAAUCUCUCUAUGGAGUAAAGGUUGUGCCGGUCAAUGGUCGUUGCAAAUGAUGGACAUUAAACAGAUUGACAAAUCCUGUGGAGUCGUUAGUAAAGAGUUUGGAGUUUUUUUCACGCCACAGUGUUAACUGCAGAGAAAAGGACAGAGGGAGAAGGAGAAGAUCAAGCUCAUGUACAUAGUUCUGAAACUUGCAGGUCCUAGGAGUCAGCUAAAAAGCUAGCUGGACAAGCCUUUCGCUCUUUGAGCAGAAGCAAAGUGAGACAUUGUGAGCUUGCCAGCCUUGCACAAAAUUGAAAGGGACUGAAUUUGUAGCACAGAGGGGUCUUUUUUAGCUCUGCAUAUAAUUAGUCCAAACACAAAGGAAGCAACUGAAUGGAGGUUGUCACUCUCUGGAAAAGGAAUUUGAAAAAGAUUCAAUGGACAUUCUCAAGCAUAUUUGGAAAUAUUCUUGCUAAUGGAUUUCCUUCUUAUUGGUCUCUGUUUAAACUGGCUGCUGAGGAAGCCCCCGGGGUUGAUAUUGUGUACGCUGGGUAUCUUUUCUAAAAUGCUUCCAGCUGUGAAUAGUGGGUGUCCACAGCUAUGUCGGUGUGAGGGCAGGCUUUUGUACUGUGAAUCACUGAAUCUUACAGAGAUGCCUCGCAACCUGUCGGGCAUGAUGGGCUUGUCUCUGCGGUACAACAGCCUUUCAGAGCUGCAUGAUGGACAGUUCACAGGGUUAAUGCAGCUCACGUGGCUCUAUCUGGAUCACAAUCACAUUUGCUCAGUGGAGGGGAAUGCCUUUCAAAAAUUGCGGCGAGUUAAAGAGCUCACCCUGAGUUCCAACAAAAUAACCCAACUGCCCAACACCACUUUCCGACCCAUGCCAAACUUGCGCAGUGUGGAUUUAUCAUACAACAACCUACAGUCUCUGGAGCCUGACCUGUUCCACGGGCUGCGAAAACUCACAACUUUGCACAUGCGGUCGAACGCCAUCAAGUUCGUGCCAGUGAGAAUUUUUCAGGACUGUCGCAGCCUGAAGUUUCUAGACAUAGGAUACAAUCAGUUAAAGAGCCUGGCUCGAAACUCUUUUGCAGGCUUGUUCAAACUCACUGAGCUUCACCUCGAGCACAAUGACUUGGUGAAAGUGAAUUUAGCCCAUUUUCCCAGGCUCAUCUCCCUGCAGUCUCUCUGCUUGCGAAGGAAUAAAGUUACCAUUGUAGUAAACACUUUGGACUGGAUAUGGCAACUCGAGAAACUGGAUCUCUCCGGCAACGAAAUCGAAUACAUCGAACCUCAUGUUUUCGAAAGUGUACCUCACCUCAAAUCCCUGCAGCUGGACUCCAACCGGCUGACCUACAUCGACUCCCGAGUCCUCGACUCCUGGAAGUCCCUCACUAGCAUCAGCCUCUCUGCAAAUGCUUGGGAUUGCAGCCGUAACGUUUGCGCCCUGGCCUCCUGGCUGAGCACCUUCAAGGGUCGCUACGACAGCAACCUGCUCUGUGCCACCCCUGAGUACGCGCAGGGUGAGGAUGUUUUGGACGCGGUCUACGCCUUCCACUUGUGUGAAGACACAACAGACCCGACGAGUGUGAACACCCUCUCCCCGGUAACAAACAACAGUGACCAAACGUUCAGCUAUGGCUCGGCCACCGCCACGUACGACGUGCAGGACGGCGACGAGGACUGGACAACAUACGCCAUCACCGUCACCAUGCCUGGCGAGAACUCGGAGAACGCCGUUCAGAUUCAUAAGGUGGUGACGGGGACCAUGGCCCUGAUUUUUUCCUUCCUCAUUGUGGUUUUAGUGUUGUACGUCUCCUGGAAGUGCUUUCCAGCCAGCUUAAGGCAUCUAAGACAGUGCUUUAUAACACAGCGCAGAAAGCAGAAGCAAAAACAGACCAUGCAUCAAAUGGCUGCCAUGUCAGCCCAGGAGUAUUACGUUGACUACAAACCCAACCACAUUGAGGGAGCCCUGGUGAUCAUUAAUGAGUAUGGAUCUUGUUCCUGUCACCAGCAGCCAGCGAGGGAAUGCGAGGUGUGAUUUUCCUUGGGGAUUUAAACAGUGUGCAACCAAAUAACAGCGUGCAGGCAGACGGUGGCACGAGGGGGGGGGUUGCUGUGCUUGGCUGGUGAUUUCUGAUGUGCUCCUCUGCCAAAAUUGAUAAGAGGGGCUGUCUAAAAGACUUGAUAUUUUAGCUUUAUCGUGUCUUAAAAACCUUCAGGACAGUCAAUCUUAAGAUUUCAUAUGCUAAUAACUCCCUUUGAAGAUCUGUCAAUAUUCAGGAAUCUGAGAGUGUAAAAAGGUACCAAUUAUUGAUCUUUUGUAAAGUAAGAAAACUGUUUAAAAUAAAAACAAAUAGCAUUUACAGUUUUUACAGACUGGUGUACAUUACAUGACUUGUUCCCUGUAUACAAAAAUGCAACAGUUUAACCUCUUUUUCUCUUCAUAUUGAGUGUUGAAAUGAAAGUCUAGGAGCAAAGAAGCCACGUAAAAUAGAAAGCUUAAAAUUAACCAGAUGGCUUCACACUGUAAUUAGCACACGUUCACUUACAUCAUGUUACUGAAGAUAUGAAGCAUGACACUGGAAGUAUAUUUUUGUUAAUGUGCUACCUGUAACUGGAUGUCAGUACAACAAGGAGCUAAUGCACCUCAGAAAAGCUAAAGUUUUGACUGUGUCCCUGGGACAGGAUUUCUGAGGAUUUUUAAGUACAGCUCACUUGUUCAUUGCUGUAAGAUCCAUAAAAACUUCAUCCUAACCCCUGAAAGUAUUUUGUAUCAAAACUGAUUAUAUUGCUAAGUCUCACUAAAAUAAAACAACCAACAAAACCCAAAUGACCAAAUCACUGCCAAAAUGUGCUCAGCAUAAUCUUCUUUAAAGUAAAAAGGAUAAAAAACCCUUCUAAAUGUAAGGGUUUUUACUAGCAUUUUCCACUUUUAUGUUUGUUUUGAGAUAUGCUAAGAGCAAAGAAACCAUUGUUUUGUGCACUGUGGUGCCAUGGUGAAUGGAGAAGAGGAAAAGCUAUUCGGUUCUCAGUGGUGAAACCUAUGUGUCUUUCAGGAGUAAAAGCUUGGCUCUAACACUGUCAGAGUAAGACAGAGUUAUUAGAGCAUACUUCUGGGUCCUAUAGUAAACUGCUAGCAAAGCCUAUGUCAUGUCCUUCACUUUCACCACCAGCCUUCACUAACAAAACCACCCUAAAAUCUCUGCAGAGGCUGAAAGUAUAUGAACCCUCCUUACUAAUGACUGAUGAAUGGAAUUGAUGGAUAUAAGCAGUGAUUUAAUAAUGUGGAAUCACAGAGCUGUUUUAUCUGACUGCCCUUAAAUAAAGCCUUCCUUUCCUUGUAUUUUGGAUUUUUCAUUCCAAUAUGUGAACAACCUGAUUGAUCUUUUCAGCAACUCCUCUCAUACUAAUGAAGAUGAGGUAGUUUUAUAACAUGAGGCAGAGAAUCUUGACAUUUUCUUCAUACAGCAUUACAUGCUAAUAAAAUGUUAUGGGUAAUGAAUUGGGUAACAUUUCUAUGCUUUGAAUAUAUUUUUCUAUCUUUAGGUUACCACCAAUAGGGGAAAAAAAUCUGAAAUCUAACAUAUAUUUUCAUUUAUCACAGGUUUUUUCUUUUUUAUAGCAUCAAAGUGCCACCUACUCUUAAAAGGCUACAGCAGACUUAGAAAGCAGAAAAUAGGCACAGAAUAAAUGAUUUUUUUCCCUGCACAGCAGGUUUUAACCAUUAACUUUGAAUGUAAAGAGUGCAUUUUUAUUUUUUUCUGACUGACACUACAUUUAAGGAGUCAGAACUUAUUUUCCUCUAUUUUUACAUCUCAACCUGUUUAAUAUUAAAUAUGAUGAUAGCCUCUUAAUCAAAAUUUGUAUUUAGUGAGACUAUAAUGUCAUCUGUGAAAGCAAUGAGAUUAUGUAUUGGGAGAGGACCUUUACAGAGGAAACUUAAUGAAAAUUAAGUGCUUUUUUACUAAAGCCAGUGAAAAUUCAUGACAGCUUUGAAACAAGCUGGCACUGUUAAAACUAGGCUUUUCUUUCUUUAAACAAAUGCACAUUUCUGGUUUUGUGCCUCAAACCCACAAAGGCCUGAUCCAUCCUGAAACUCUCAAGUGAUCUGAGGGGUUGAGUGUCCCUGUGCAAACCUACCAGUGAGGACAGAGAAUAGGUACGGAGUCCCCUGUCUCUCUGGGUGCCUGCUCAUAUUAAUUAAAAUAUUGUCUGCCUAUGGUAAUAAAAAUAUAUGAAUUAUCUUUAUUUCCAUACUGACCGCCUGUUGCUAUAAGGAACCAUACUAAUGCAGUCAUGGUUUUGCCCUGUAAAUCUGAUGUAAGACUGAUACUGACAAACAAUUGUCCCGUGGUUGUAUUUCUAUGUAUUUUUAGCAGAUUUGUGGGUUGUAUUUUAAACACACUAGUGAUUGCACCCCUCUGGAAUUAUUCCUGCUGUUUAUUGGUGUUAGCAACCUCAAGCUACAUUUGCAAAGAUGUGAGCAAUUCCAUCUUUGGAAUUUGUUCUCCUCUGUGCUUCAUGCAUCUUGCAUUGACAGCUCAAGUAAACCGAACAGCAUAUUUUUCUUUAAAGGUGCAGUGAUUUCCUCAAUGAGAGCUGAUUUUGGUAUUGCCUGUUGCCAUUUCUCCUGAAGUAAUAACCACCAAUGGCUUGCCACCCGUAGCAGGAUGAUGGAUGAAUCCUCCAUAUAGAGCACAGAACUUAUUUAACUUCAGAAAAGUAUAUAUUUCAAAAUCUUCAUGCAGAAAUCUUUUCUAAGGGUAGUAUCAUCCAGAGACCACUUCCUAAUGAUCUCUAGAGGAUAUCUGGAGAUCUUGAUACCCUCUGAAUAUUUACCGGUGGAAAAGAGGGGUGUCACUGCUACUACAUGGCAUAAAGGUAUUCCACAGUGUGUCCACAUCUAGUCUGAAAGCUUACAUGAAAUAUAUGUGGAUAAUAAAGAAAUAAAAGAGCAAGUAUUUAAUUCCAAUCCAGCUAUUGCAAAUCCAGUUAUUCAUCCUGCUCCAGGUUGCUUGCAUUGGUAUAUAUGAGAGUUAUUAUAUUUUUAUUACAUUUAUAACAACUGCAGGGGCAAAUUUUCCCUAACUCAUUCGUCCAAAUUUCAUGUUCAUCAACUGUCCACAGAUAUAUCAUUCCCUCUAUUUUGAUGCCCCUAUUCUGGCUUAUGAAACGGCUCCAAAAUCAAAAGAAAGAAGAAAAAAGAUGCUUUUGGGGUUAGUUGUGACAGUUUUUUGUUCAGGAGAUGCUCGGGGAAUAUCAAAAGAGGGAAAAUAUUUUAAAUAUUCCCCUUUUAAUGUUCCACUUAAUAGGACUAAUCUCCCUUUUAUAACUGAGUAAUUAACAUUAUUUUCUUUAUGUUCAAGUGUCUUUUAACAUAGAAGGGAGAGUGAAUAGCAGCAAAAGAACUGCCUUUUUUGAGGAUGGUUAACACUACCAGUGAUAUAGAUCUCUAAUAUGCAAUCUCUUGCUGUUAACAUCAAUACACACUCACGGUGCACCCUGUGAUGAAGGAACUGUUGCUGUGUAUGCUUUGGAUGUAUAUAAGGGAUGCUUUAUUUUCCUUUCUAUCUUUUUUCCUUCCUUUCUGUACUACUUUAAAAAAGAAAAGUGGUAUGAAAGCACAGGUUCAAUGCUAAUGUACCACAUUCAGUUUCUGGCCUGAAUAUGUAAAAUACAAAGAAAUUCUGUGUUAAAGCUGCAAAUUCCCUCCUUUACCAUGCUGUUUGAGUACUGCAAAGGGUUAGACUAAGGGUAUGUCUUGUUUCUCCAUGUGCACAGCAAUAAGUAAAUGUACCAGUCUGAAGAUGCAGUCCCACGCCUGGUUCAUAAGUGACUUGCAUACGUGUGCCAGAGAAACAUCAUUAAUGAUACCUAAGGAUAUUUUUGUAUGCUUUAAUAUAUUCUGUACAUUUUUAUGGCUAAGGCAUUGAAGGGCACUUGAAAUGAGCCUAUUUGAUCAUUUUCCUUGGUUCUGAUAAAAAGCCCCUCAUUUGCUUUUGAGAUGGACUAAAUUUGUUCCUUGUCUGUGUCUCAUUCUGCAUUAAUAGCAAAAGGACACUUUGAAUAGCCCUCCCCUUCCCCCAGCUUCUCCAGUGGUAUUAAGAAUGGCAAAUAUGAAGGACUAUUUAAUUAUGAAGGUUAUUUCUAGUGCUAUAAUAAUAAUAACAGUAAUAAUAAGAGAAAUAAAGAGGAGACAAAAGAUGAGAGAAAAGACUGGGGUAACAGCAACUAGAUCACGUUUUUACUGGAUUCCUUUGCCUUUUCUUUUUUAAAGCUGGUAAAUCUAAAGGACUAGCACAGAUGAAAAAAGCAGGACUGAAGGUGGUGCAGAAAGCAUUUUUAAAAACUUGGCAAGCAGGGAUGAAACAGCUCCUGGACAGGAAGGUGCAGUACCAAACAGCUUCAUUAAGCAAGAAAGAGAAAAGGAAAGGGGUGAAGGGACAGGAUGAAAGGGAAGAUAAGAACUGGUGAGAAGGCAAGGGGACCACUGUGCACAAAUGGAAAAUGAGAUUUUUUUUCAGUGCCUUCACCUCCCACAUUAAGACUGUGGCAAGGACAACAGCAGAGAUUUAAGCAAGAUACCCAGCAUCUCUUUUUCUCUCUAUCUCUCCCUGUCUUUUCAAAGUCAGUCACACAUAGACUCUAAUUUACAGAGGCGCAGGGGGACAUGCUUUCCCAAACACACACGCACGCAGCCCUGUCAUUUCCUCUGCCACCCUUCUGCUCCCUGGGAGCACAAUGUCCCCCUCAUCCAUCAUUAUGUUUGCUGAAGUCCGGCACUGAGCCUCUUCCAUUAAUUUUUUUGGCUGGACUUCUUAGCUAUCCUAGUCGCAUUUCCUCACAGACUUUCCAGAAAAUCAGACUUUUCUACCCAAAAUAUCUCUUUUUUUUUUAACCCCAUCCCUUAAGAAACCCUCAUCUAGAGAGUGAUCUUGAGCUACAGCAGAUUCUCCUGCUAAUUAUAUCCACCCUCAUUCCCCCUCAUAUUCAGCUUUCAUAUUCAUAGCUAUUAAGACAAACAGAUCCGAGAUGUUUCUGCUGUGUUCAAUUUAUUAUUAUGCACCAAGGUUAUAUUUUUCCUUGACCUGCUCAACCCAGUGUAAUAUUAACAAAUUGAGCAUUUAUGUGGGUUCCUUUCCAAGCAUGAAGUUGAUUAGAAAUUUAGGAAAUGCUGGUGAUUUAAAGAUUAACCUUUCAUGUAAUUACUGACAUAAACCAGAGCCAUUAAGGUAUUAGAAAAAACUACUCAGAGUAUAUUCUACAUAAAAGAAUACCACAUUUAGAGUCAUGUGAAAGACUUUCCAUACUAGCCAAUUAUUUUUUUUACAGCAGAAUAACCUGAUGAAAGGAAAGGAGUGAGCACAGUCUACCUCUAAGCUUAUGUGGAGGAAAGCAAGGCUACAAAAAUAUUACAGAAACCAAGCAACAAUCUUCUGCUGGCAAGACACAACUUGUAAAUGGGUGGGUGGCUGUGAAGAUCUGAGAUGAAUGCUGCAGAGCACUGUAAUUUUAUUGCACUGUGUGUGCUUUAAAGUGAACAUAUUUGCAAUGAAAUCUGUAUUUCCGUAAGAACAGGGCAAUUGUUUUUUGUUAUAAAGAUAACGUCACUUGUUGGCAUUCAGGCACAAUUAUUCAGCCUUUAAAGCAAUUACUGUUCUUACUUGCCUUUGCUGGUGUGAUAGUUGGGUGAGAGAGUCAACUGUAACAGGCUGCAUUGAAAGGAGUUAGAGUUCAAAGUACCCAGAUUUGCAUUACAAGAGAAGAAAUUCAGUUAAAAAUAAAGACCAGCUUUUCA